AUGCGCAAGUUCCUAACGGGCCCGCGACGCUCUGUUCCAGAGCCCGAACCCGCACCCGCACUAUCCGGGCUCACCCACGCGCCGCCCGCCCCGCCGCUCACCCCUGCGGAUUCCUCCCUGUCGGCCUAUUUUGAGCCGCCGAAUGCACCUACACAUGACGGGACCUUGAGAUACAAUCCGCUAAGAGGAGAGCGUCAGUUCCGUGUCCUGGUGCUGCUUCCUGGCUCGGGCGAGGACGAGAUCGCCUGUGUGCUGGACAAUGUCUUUCUGGAUGACUGGCUUACCCAUUAUGAGGCUCUGUCGUACAUGUGGGGGCCUGCCGAGCCUUUGACCCCAGUGUCCGUCGAUGGGUCGACGUGUUUUGUUCGCAAGAAUCUGUUGACUGCGUUGAAGGCGUUGCGGCUUCCUACCGAGUCGCGCUUGUUGUUUAUCGAUGCCUUGUGUAUUAAUAUGGGCGAUGUCCCGGAGCGGAAUCAUAUGGUGGCUAACAUGAGCCAGAUUUAUCAGCGGGCGUCUAAGGUGUUGGUUUGGUUGGGGGACGCGGACGAGGUUAGCGAUUUUGCGUUUGAUAAAGUCAAUCAGAGGAUGCCUUGGGCGGAUAUUUCUGCUCCUUUAGAGAGAGCAACGGCAAGUACAUUAACCAGUCUUUUCAAUCGGCCAUAUUGGCGGCGGGUAUGGAUUCUCCAGGAAAUUCUGUCCGGCUAUAAUCUGGAAGUAUACUGCGGGACUAAGAAGGCGCCUUGGAUGCAAUUCAUCUCAGUCAUGCGAUUCCUGGAUUCCAAAGCCAACAGGGACCCGGAAGAACAAGAUAAUGGCAUCGCAUUUGCAAAAUGGUGUGUCGGCACCCCCGGGAUAGCAAUGCUCAGACUACAGAACGGGCAAACCCCAACACAACACAAAAUGACUGAUCUCCUUAAGAUGUGUCAGAAACACGAAUAUGGAUGCUACGAUAUCAGGGAUCGGAUAUACGGGCUUGUGAGCAUAUCAACACAAGAUGAAAAGGGCCUAAAGAUUGAUCCCGACUACUCGAAAUCCCAAGCCCAGCUCUGCAUUGACACGUUUUUAUCAGAAUUCUCACGAGACAACGUCCAUUUCCGCGUGUCGACUCAGAACUCGAGUCAGGACCCAUCAUCCCACGAACUCGUAGCCUCUCAACGCUCAAUGCAAGCCCUGCUCGAAGAACCGCUCUGGAACAAAGACAAAAAGACCUUCGACGCCCUCCUCAGCAUCGUAGACGAGGCGCAGAGCUACCUACUGCGGAACUCAUUCAGCAAAGCAAACGCAAAGGGUCUAGGUACCGUCGCUUGGGCCAGCGACGUCUUAUCCGCCUCCUCGCCUUCUAAAAUCCUCUUCGCCCACCUGGAACUCGACGCCUUGUAUAACCACCACGCGCAAGUACUGCACAUCCACCUCCCGCCCAACAUCGCGCGGCUGAAAGCCGAUGUCGCGAAACUGAGUGUGAGGGAGUAUCACUCUACUGAACAGUUGAGAGUGCGCUUUGCGUGGAGUCCGCAGGCGCGCUGUUUCCGCACCGAGAGCACGUAUCGCAAUACGUGCCCGCCGUAUUUCUCGUGCGACAGUGCGGGCGAAGUGCGGCUUUUCGUUAGUGGCGAUGGGCAAUUCGUAGGCAUCGCUUCUGCUGUUAUCCAGCCGAGGGAUAUCCUUUGUAAGAUAGAGGGCGCGGAAGACGUGUUUGUGAUUGUGAGACCCAGGAGCGAUAGUAAUCGGAUUGGAUUCCGGCUGUUGGGUAAGGCGGUGCUGGUUAGGGUUGAGGGGAGGGAGAGGAAGGUUGAAAAGAUUGAGGGGCGGGUUCAGGGCUUGGGGAUCUUUAAUGAUGACGGGACACAGAGUCCGAAUGAGCUGAUCAAGGCGAUUGACGAUGCGAUUGAAUUCGCAAAUGAUGUCCAUAAUGCACCAGAAGGCCUUGGAGAGGAGUUUGCGCUGUUCAGGAAGUUCGAGGCCGUUAUGGAUGCCGCUACGAUGUUCUUCUUAACGAGGUGA